UCGUCAGGCGUGCAAGUGAAUGACGACUGCAAAACGGCGUUUGAGGAUAUGAAGAUCCGCUCGAAGUACCCGUACAUCAUCUUCAAGAUCAGUGACGACAAAAAGUCCAUCGAGAUCGAAAAAAAGGGUGACUCUUUUGACGACUUCACAAAAAACUUCCCAGACAAUGAUUGCCGCUACGCGGUCCUCGACGUCGAGAUCAAAACCAAAUCGGGUGCCACUGCCAACAAGCUCGUCUUUGUUUCGUGGAGCGACGACAAUGCGAGCAUCAAGCCCAAGAUGCUCUACGCGUCCUCCAAGGACGCGCUCAAGAAAGAACUGACGGGCAUCUACGCGGAGUACCAAGCCACCGACAGGAGCGAGCUCGACCUGGAUGAGAUAAAGAAGAAGGCGGGAGGUGUUCGCCUCGUCAGCGAGCCAAACGCACGGCCGAUGCUCCAGGCUCGCGCUAGUUAA